AUGGGUGUCCGAGGGCUGCAGGGAUUCGUGGGGAGCACCUGCCCACACAUAUGCACGGUGGUGAACCUGAGGGACCUGGCGGAGCGCCACCGGAGCCAGCAUCCUGGCUGCCCCCCAACUGUUGUGGUUGAUGCCAUGUGCUGUCUCAGGUACUGGUACACACCUGAGUCCUGGGUCUGCGGCGGGCAGUGGCGGGAGUACUUCUCUGCCCUGCAGACAUUCAUCAGGGUGUUCGCGGAGGCCGGCAUCAAGCUGGUGUUCUUCUUUGAUGGCGUGGUGGAGCAGGGCAAACGUGCCGAGUGGGCCAGGCGUCGACACAAGAAUAGCAGGGAGAUCUCCCGGAUCUUCCAGCAUAUCAAGUCCCGUGGCCAGCAGCCCGGCAGGCAUAUGUUCUUCAUCCCCCCCGGCCUGGCCCUGUUUACCCGGCUUGCCCUGAAGGCCCUGGGCCAAGAGGCCCAUUGCACCCUGCGGGAGGCGGACUACGAGGUGGCCGCGCACGGCCUGGGGGAUGGCUGCCUCGGGGUCCUGGGUGAGGACACCGACUACCUGAUCUACAACACCUGUCCCUACCUGUCCAUACGGGAGCUGUGCCUGGACACCCUAGACACAGUCGUUCUGUGUCGGCAGAGACUCUGCGAGUGCCUUCGCCUCAGCCUGCCUGACCUGCCCCUCCUGGCCUGCCUGCUGGGCAAUGACAUUGUCCCGGAAGGCAUGUUUGAGAGCUUCCGCUACAAGUGCCUGUCCUCCUACACCUCCAAGAGAGAGGGCCCAGGCACAAGGGGCAACACCAUCCUGGCUGUGGCACAGCACAUCUCAGAGGUUCUUCGCUUGCAUCAGGGUGAGAAGAGGCUGGAAGACAUGCUCCCUCUGGGGCCCAACAGGGCUCUGUUUUAUAAAGGAGUGACAUCCUAUCUCCUGCCAGGACAGACAUCUCCAUGGGUUUUCCAAGAAUCCCAAAGUAAGACUUUGGACAAGCAAAUACUGUCCACGUGUCCAGACCCCAGCUCCCAGCAAGAAGUGCUCACAUGUCCAGACCCUCACAACAAGCAUGAAGUAACCAUGGUUUCAGACCUGGGCAUCUUGGAGGUUGCCAAAGCACAGCACGUGCAGGGUGAGAGCUACCUGGUGUACGGCGUCAUGAGCAGCGGGGAGGUGGAAUGCAGCAACACCCUGGAGGACGAGCUGGACCAGGCGCUGCCCAGCCAGGCCUUCGUCUACCGCCCCGUGCGCCAGCGCGUCUACGCCCUCCUGCUGGGGGACAGUGGAGACAGUGCCUGCGGCCCAGCCAGGGAGGCCAAGGAAGUGAAGGAAUGGUUCGUGUACGCUGGGAACCCACUGAAGUACCCGGACCUGGUCAGGCCGCUGCCAAUGAGUAUUCCAGGAGGCAUGCCGAGCUUGACGACGCUGUGGCUGAGCCGGGAGCCGGGCGUGCAGGCCCGGCGCGUGGAUGUCUUCUUGGCCUGCUUCAACCUCUCCUCCAUGAGCGAAGACCUGCAGGCCAUCGAGGGGCCGCUCAGGGCACUGUGCUGCCUCCUGACCUACCUCUUUGUGCAGGUGGACACACUUGGCCUGGAGGAUCUGUGUGCGCUCACGGCCCAGGCACUCUGCCUCCCUGAGAAGUCGACGGCCCACCUGGUGGACUUGCAGCUGGACCACAUCAACCCGAGGGCCGUGCAGCUGGGCUCCCUCUUUGUCCGUGGCCUCACCACCCUGGCGUUCGUCAACAGUGCGUGUGGCUUCCCCUUGGAUGGCAGCGACUUCAUGCCCUGGAAUGUCUUUGAUGGGAAACUCUUCCACCAAAAGUACCUGCAGUCUGAGAAAGGCUGCAGUGUGGAGGCACUGCUGGAGCAGAACGUGUCUCGGCUGACGCAGUUCCACAGCCUCAAGUCCGUGGUGGUCAAGGCCUGCCUGAGGGAGGGUAGGCACAUUGGGAGCCGACAGCACUGGGGCUCUUACCCUACAGGAAGCCGACAGCAUGAGCGUGACCAGUGGAGAAGUCCUGUGUCAUCUUCCCGGUGA